AUGACUUUUUUGGUGUUUUUUCUAAUACUUAUUGCUUUUCGAGCAGCAAAUUCUAUUCCAAUUUUGAGCGAUGAUGAAACAAAAUUAAACUCGAUUGUAAUUAGUGAAAUUAAUUUACCAACGGAAGCAUCCUUGGUUACCACAGAUCAGGAAAUUGUUGCUGAACCAGUAGCUUCAUUUGUGGAUUUGGUAGAAAAGUAUGAAGGCAUGUAUGGAAAGGAAACUGAUAAUGAAUUUGCAUUGCAAAAACGAAGUUCUACGGAUGAUGUCGAUGAUGUAAGUAAUGAUCCUGAUGCAGGCGGAAAAUCCUUAAUUGAUAAAAUUGAAAUACUAGAUCCGGAAAUAAAAAAAGAAUUUGAAAAUGAAUUGCAACUAAAUCAAAUUAUGAAGGAUGAUGACGAUGAGACAACAGAAAAUACGAAUAUUGGAACGGAAUAUGAUCCAAAUUAUGGAAGAAAAAUUAUUGUUUCGCCCCAGGCUGAUGAAAAUGUCGCCAAUGUUCGUAACGAAUCAGCAAUAUUGAGUGUUCAUGACAAGGAAAAUUUACAAGUGCAAUUGGUCGAGCAAUUAGUUCAUCAAAAUGAGAAUCAAUAUGAGUUUACAACAAUUGUUCCGGAAGAAUCGUUUACUGAUCAUGCAUUAAUUAUAAAUCCUGAAAUUGUUGAAGUAAUAGAACAUAUUGUGUACGAAAGCAAUUCAGAAUUAAAAGCACAUGAGCAUACAACAUCUGUUCCAAUUCCAGUUUUGAACAUGGAUAUAGAUCCAAUUGAAAUAAUUCCAAAAGAUCGUCAUCGUGAAGCAAAGGACGAAAAUUCAACUGACUUAAAUGACAAAUUUGCUGGGUUUGUUGGAAUUCCAAGUCAAGAUUUAAUCCAACCAGGUGAAGAAACGACUGAAUCAGAUAAUUUCUUUAGGAAAGAAGAAAAUUCGGAUGGAGAUGAUGUUGAUCCUGUUGAGACAGUUCGUAAGACUUUGGAAUAUGUUGCAAUUUAUGGAAGAUCAUUAAACAUUGAUGAUUUGGUUAUAACAACCGAAAUUCCACUAUCAACAAAUGAACCUGAAACUAUGACUGUGUCUCCUGUAAUGACUACAACAACUCAAUUAUUAACGAGUGCAAAACAGUUUUACGAGUCCAAAGCGGAAAUUGUUGAAGUAAGUGAAAAAGUGACUGUGAAUAAUCAAAAAGGGAAUGAGACUGAGUCUGAAAAAUCCUCAUCAAGUGAAGAAUCGUUACCAAGUAAAUCAUCAGAAGAGAAUGAGAGCAAAGAAGAUGAUAAAGAGAAGAGUAAAAAUAAAAAAAUUGAAAAUUCUUCGACCAGUUCGGAAGAAGUGGAGGCUGAAAAUUCAGGAAAAGAAGAUUUAAGUGAUGAAAAAAUGAAUUUAAGAAGUCUCGAAUUUCCUGUUACUCAAAGACCAAACACCUUGCCUGAGGAAAUUUUUAAAGACUCAACUGUUCAUGAAAUUAAGAAGAAAGAUCAUCCGGAUGGAAUUGUACUUAAUUAUGAAUUUAAAGGGCGAGCAUUAAGUAAUGAUAACCUUAACAAUGAAGAUGACGCAAUUACCAUGACUACAGUAAUUGAGACCUUCGAAGAAGCUGUUACAACAAUUUCCGAAGGAAUUAAUCUGUCAAAAGAAUUGCGUCAGCAUGUUGAGUCCUUUCGUGGCGAUUCUGAAGAAAAUAAAAUUAUUUUGGAUACGGAUAAUGAAGCUAUUUCAUCUAAAAAUUUUAAAAAUCCUUUGGUCGGAGUAAAUGAUUUAGAGAUGAUGAAACUGAAAGAAAGAUCUUUUGAGGAGAAACCAAAAUUAUCUGUCGCCAUAAUUCCACUCAUGGCUGUUGUAUCAGUUGGCAUUUUAUUCACAUUAUUUAAGUUUGUUAAAACUCAAGCUUCUUCCGUUAGAUUUUAUUAAAUUUAAACGCAUCAUUUA